CAGAAAGCCCUGAAGUACAGGAGAGUGAAGCAUUAUGGUUACGAGUUUCGCUACGACAACAACAAUGUGGACAAAAACAAACCGUUACCUGGAGGUGUGUAUGUCUGUCAGUCCCUAAUAUCACGAUUACAGCGUAUGGAAUAUACUCUCAGUGAUUCCCAUGCUAAACAUUGAUGUUUGUUGUCUUGUUCCCAGGUCUUCCCCAGGUGUGUGUCCCUGUGCUGGAGAGGUGUGUGAGGGAUAGACACAAAGACGUCAUGCCAGACCAGCUGACUGUGAACCAGUAGGUGAGCGUAAUCUUAUCUCAUCCAGCAGCUGUAGUACUCUCCUUGACCACAUAGGGGCAGCAGAGCUCUGCAGUCAUAAGGUAGAGGACAAUGAAGGUAGUAUCAACGCUGCUGUAGAAUCAGACUGUAGUGUGUGGAAUUGGAAAUGAACACAACCCUCAUGGCAGUUAUUCAGAGGUAAUUUAUAGACCUUUUUACUGGUUGGUGUUUGGAUAACUCAUGUUAAUAGUGCCAAUGGUUUAUUUGUGUUCUUGUUGUCAGGUUAUCCUCCUCAUGUGGACACUCACUCUGCCUUUGAAGACCUCAUCCUCUCCCUAAGCCUGGGGGCUAUGGUACAUCUACAGUGGUGAGGGUAGGGUAGAUGAUGGUGACGUAAAUGGCUUCGAUCUGCUUUCUUUUCUCACAGAACAUUGUCUGUACUCUGUUCACCAUCUCUCUCUUCUCCCCACCCUUUCCCCUUUCUCUGUCUCGGUCUCCCUGUCUCGGAGACCUCGGUCUCCCUGUCUCGGUCUCCCUGUCUCGGUCUCCCUGUCUCGGUCUCUCUGUCUCGGUCACCCUGUCACGGAGACCUCGGUCUCCCUGUCUCGGUCUCCCUGUCUUGGUCUCUCUGUCUUGGUCUCCCUGCCUCUCUGUCUCUGUCUCUCUGUCUCUGCCUCUCUGUCUCUGUCUCUCUGUCUCUGCCUCUCUGUCUCUGUCUCUCUGUCUCUGUCUCUCUGUCUCUGUCUCUCUGGUCUCUGCCUCUCUGUCUCUGCCUCUCUGUCUCUGUCUCUCUGUCUCUGCCUCUCUGUCUCUGCCUCUCUGUCUCUGUCUCUCUGUCUCUGUCUCUCUGUCUCUGCCUCUCUGUCUCUGUCUCUCUGUCUCUGCCUCUCUGUCUCUGCCUCUGUCUCUGCCUCUCUGUCUCUGUCUCUCUGUCUCUGCCUCUCUGCCUCUCUGUCUCUGCCUCUCUGUCUCUGCCUCUCUGUCUCUGCCUCUGUCUCUGCCUCUCUGUCUCUGCCUCUCUGUCUCUGUCUCUUGUGCUCGGUCUCUCUCCCCUCUCUCUCUCUCUCUCUCGCUCUCCUCUUGCUCUCCUCUCUCUCUCUCUCUCUCUCUCUCUCUCUCUCUCUCUCUCUCUCUCUCUCUCUCUCUCUCUCUCUCUCUCUCUACCACUGCAGUGAACCAGCUUUUCAGAGUUUCUGUGAACGUGUUACUGUAGCAGUCUAAUUGAAAGGAUUGAGGAUAGGCAGGUGUGAGUUUGCACGCGCACGUCUGUGUAUGAAGGUUUUUCAGUCUAAUGGGAGGGUAUGUUAUAUUUAAGACCUGUCUCUGCUGGAGAGGCCUUCACAAUGAUGUUUAGUAUCCCACAAGAGACACACACACGUGUACACACACGCACAAACUCUACCCUGGAGAGUUCCGUCUCAUAGACUGAGUUGAUGGUGCGUCUCUUUGAAGACUGUUUCUUUUGGUUAAUGGUGAAUUAAUGAAAGAAAUACAAAGACCGAUGUAGAAAAAACAAAUAAGGGAAUGGAAAAGGAGAGAGAGAGAGGUUCCAAUGUCCCUUAUGUCUGUGUGACGUUGUUCCCUGUCACAGCUACUCGGGAGACACUGUCAGCACAUGACUGGUUGACAGGAGGGGGCAGCUUUUACUGCGACAUGCUGACAGGGCAUUGUGUCACUGUUUGUUUUAUAUAUAAUAGACACUGUAGAUAUCCUUGUCUCUGAAGCUGUGGUGAAGUAGGUAGUGUUGAGUGAUCGUCUGUGAUACUGAUAUCGUUUGUGAUACUGAUAUCGUUUGUGAUACUGAUAUCAUUUGUGAUACUGAUAUCGUUUGUGAUAUGUCUUUGUGAUGAAGUGUCUUGAGGGACGUCUAUGUUUGUAAGUUGUAAUGAAGCAGUAGGCAGUCUUGAGGGUCUUUGUUUCUUCAGUAGAAAUAAAUAGGCAGUUAUAACUGCUAGUUGUAGGCUUCUACUGUGUUAAUAUUUCUGACGUUGUAGUAAAGGAGGUUAUCUGGAGUGUAGCUCAGUUGGUAGAGCGUGGCGCUUGCAAUGCCAGGGUUGUGGGUUCGAUUCCCACGGGGGACCAGUAUGAAAAUGUAUGCACUCACUAACUGUAAGUCGCUCUGGAUAAGAGCGUCUGCUAAAUGACGUAAAUGUAAAAUAGGUUAGGCCUACUUGAAGAUGUCUUUCUUUCCUCUGCAGCAGUAAUUUAACAGGAAGUCGUCAAGCAAUGGUAAUGAAUCAGUAAACAUUGAACUGCCUUUCUAUUCAAUUGGUGAGUGUGUGUAUGAUUAAUUGCUGAGUAUUGAAGCGUAACAAAGCUGUCUGGUUCUGGAUUGAUUUGGUCACAGCUGAGCAGCUCCAUUGAUAGGUUAAUACUCCUCAGAAGAUCUGAGAGGAGGAAGAAAGCCCAGAUCUUGUGCGUGUGUUUGUGCAUGCGCAUGUCUAUAUCAAUAGGGCCUGUGAUUUGAUAGGGGAGAAAGUGGUGUAGAAAGUUGUGAUCUGUUCCUGCUUUGUAGCACACAGGUUCAGCAGUGUCUGAAGUUCCAUUAUAUCCUGUCACUCUCUCUUCUUUCUUUCUCUCUCUCUCUCUAGCUCCAUCUCUCUCGCACCAUCUCUCCCUCUCGCUCCAUCUCUCUCUCACCAUCUCUCCCUCUCGCUCCAUCUCUCUCUCACCAUCUUUCUCUCUCGCUCCAUCUCUCUCUCACCAUCUCUCCCUCUCGCUCCAGCUCUCUCUCACCAUCUCUCCCUCUCGCUCCAUCUCUCUCUCACCAUCUCUCUCUCACUCCAUCUCUCUCUCACCAUCUCUCUCUCUCGCUCCAUCUCUCUCUCACCAUCUUUCUCUCUCGCUCCAUCUCUCUCUCACCAUCUCUCUCUCGCUCAAUCUCUCGCUCACAAUCUCUCCCUCUCGCUCCAUCUCUCUCUCACCAUCUCUCCUUCUCACUCCAUCUCUCUCUCACCAUCUCUCUCUCUCGCUCCAUCUCUCUCUCACCAUCUCUCUCUCGCUCCAUCUCUCUCGCACCAUCUCUCUCUCUCACUCCAUCUCUCUCGCACCAUCUCUCUCUCUCUCUCCAUCUCUCUCUCACCAUCUCUCCCUCUCCCUCUCGCUCCAUCUCUCUCUACCAUCUCUCCCUCUCUCCUCUCUCCCUCUCUCUUCACCAUCUCUCUCUCUCGCUCCAUCCUCUCUCACACCAUCUCUCCCUCCGCUCCAUCUCUCCUCUCGCCUCUCCCUCUCUCUCUCCAUCUCUCCCUUCUCUUCUCUCGCUCCUCUCCCCUCUCCAUCUCUCUCUCUCUCUCUCUCUCUCUCUCUCUCUCUCUCUCUCUCUCUCUCUCUCUCUCGUUGCUCUCUCUCUCUCUCUCUCUCUCAUUGUAGACGGUGAUGGAUUGGGGAGAGAAAAGAGAUGGGAGGGAGAGGUAGAAAGAGAGAAAGAGAGAGAUGGAGGGGGGAGUGAUGGGGAGGGAAAGAGAGCUGAUACCUAUGGACUCACUGCUAAGAGGGAUAUGGAGAUGGAGAGUGAGAGAGAGAGCGAGAUGGAGAGAGAAAGUGGGGGUGAAGGUUUCAGGAUUUCUGCCACAAAUGCUAAAAUGUUAGUAUGUGUAAACAUUGCCAUGGACACCAAAUCAUGGAUUGAUGUCAUACCUUGUCCAUAGACUGCUUUCCGGGUAAAGAAACCAAUGUCAUUUUGUAAUUUGGGUGAACUAUCCCUUAAAAUGUGUGUUUUCUGUGGUUUUCUAGGAUACAUUUACAUUUUAGUCAUUUAGCAGACGCUCUUUUCCAGAGCGACUUCCAGUAGUAAGUGCAUACAUUUUCAUAUUUGUUAGUACAAACCCUGACAUUGCAAGUGCCAUGCUCUACCAAAUGAUAACCCCCAGGAAGUUUGACGUGGUGCCAGCCUGUGACCCAGAAUCCCCUGCUGCAGUGAUCUCUGACCUCAGUAACCAUAGUAACCUCACCCUAAAAGCUUUUGUGUGUCUCUGUGUGUACUGACUGACGCCUGCCGUCUGGAGGCAGAGUUCGUGCACCACGUGUACGAGGAGAUCGCUGGUCAUUUCAGCAUCACUCGACACUCCCGCUGGCCACGCGUGUGUCACUUCCUGUCUUCCCUAGAACCAGGAAGCAUUCUUGCUGAUGUGGGCUGUGGGAACGGAAAGUACCUGGGCGUAAAUCCGGAAGUGAUUGCAUUAAAGGGGUCUGUGAGGGUUGUUUAUAAAUACUAGCAUCUUUUAACAGUAUCUAUGGAAGAGAGAGUGUCCUGUUUAUUGACCCUACUGUUCCCUAUCUUCUCUCAAUUCAAUUAGCCUACCAUACAAGUUUCACAGACUCUAUUUUUUUUCUCAGUUUUACGAACCCUGAUGAAGACAAUUUACAGUUACAAAUGCUACACUAUUUUUGUGAGAAUGUAUUAUUUGUCUAAAAACAUUUAUUUUCCUCUAUCUGGGUACUCAGAGACUAGGUUUUAGAUAUACCAUAUAAGCUUUCAAAGACUCCAAACAAUCUCUACACGAUGUUCCCAGCUUAGCGAAGCCUUGUGAAUGCUACUCUACUUUAGUGUAAAUGGAUUAGGCUACCUGUAGAGACUCUUCACCCCCUCAGCCAUUCUAAUAGUGAUAACUUCACUACUUUGAAUUUAAUGCAAAUGUUGACCUUUGUGUGUCUGCCUCUGUGUAUGAGCAAGAGUGAACGUGCGUUUUUUGGCACGCGUGUGUGUUUACACUCACGCAUGAUGAAACAGACUAUAUGACAUUCUCCCCCAGCCUUGCCCCAGACCCCUCCUCAUAGGCUAGAGCGAAUGCCUCAUAAAGCUUAAUUACAUUUCUCCCCCGAACAAGAGUUUUAUUGAAAAGAUUAUUAUUGCUAUCAAUUUCCCUCACUCUCUCCUCUCCUACUCUGCUGUGAGUUAUUGCAGCUGGCUAAUCUGGCUGUAAUUUGUCCACUGCUGGUUUUCAUUAUGUGGAGUAAAUUGGGUGACUUUGAUAAGGAUAUAAAGGUCUUAAUGAUUCUCUCGAUGAGGCGUGUGUAAAGGCAGGCCAGUAAUGGGGUUGGCUGGGGUCAUAUAGGAGCUUUAUGAUCAUUAGUUGUGUCCAACUGUGGAAAAGGAGUUGUGUGCGUUUGUAUCUCCUAUUUGUAGGUGGGCUGGGUGGAUUAAUAAAGUUGUGUGCAUUUGUAUCUCCUAUUUGUAGGUGGGCUGGGUGGAUUAAUAAAGUUGUGUGCAUUUGUAUCUCCUAUUUGUAGGUGGGCUGGGUGGAUUAAUAAAGAUGUGUGUGUUUGUAUCUCCUAUUUGUAGGUGGGCUGGGUGGAUUAAUAAAGAUGUGUGUGUUUGUAUCUCCUAUUUGUAGGUGGGCUGGGUGGAUUAAUAAAGAUGUGUGUGUUUGUAUCUCCUAUUUGUAGGUGGGCUGGGUGGAUUAAUACAGUUGUGUGCAUUUGUAUCUCCUAUUUGUAGGUGGGCUGGGUGGAUUAAUAAAGAUGUGUGUGUUUGUAUCUCCUAUUUGUAGGUGGGCUGGGUGGAUUAAUAAAGAUGUGUGUGUUUGUAUCUCCUAUUUGUAGGUGGGCUGGGUGGAUUAAUAAAGUUGUGUGUGUCUGUAUCUCCUUCCUGUAGGUGGGCUGUGACCGUAGCAGUGCUCUGGUCCAGACCUGCCCUGAGAGAGGCAUCCAUGCCUUUGUGUCAGAUGCCCUCAGUGUACCUCUACGCAGUGACGCCUGUGAUGCCUGCAUCUCUAUUGCAGUCAUACACCACCUCUCCACACAGGUCACACACACACACACAGACCGACACAGACGCUUUUCCAUUUAGUGAUUUAAUUCAUCUAUCUCACAUUGAGAUUGUCUUUCCUUAUCAAGCUGUCAGUGGUCAUGAACUGAAAAUAUUUUAUUUAAUGUUUAAUCAAGUGUAGUUGUUAAUCUGAGUUAUUUAUGUGUGUGUGUGUGUGUGUGUGUGUGUCUGUCUGCCUGUGUGUGUGUGUCUGUCUGCCUGCGUGUGUGUGUGUGUGUGUGUGUGUGUGUGUGUGUGUGUGUGUGUGUGUGUGUGUGUGUGUGUGUGUGUGUGUGUGUGUGUGUGUGUGUGUAGGAGUAGAGGCAGGCUGUAGUUGAGGAGCUGGUUCUGCUACUGAGGCAUGGAGGAUGGGCUCUGAUCUAUAUGUGGGUUCUGGAACAGGAAUACAACAAGCAGAAGUCCAAAUACCUCAGAGACCAGACACCAGCAUCCUACAGGCGACUCCACAGACCACAACAACCAGGAGUCAAAGAGUCUUGCCACAGAUGCCCGCAACACAGCACGUGAUCUUUCAGGCAUAGCCACGGACUGCACCAAGGUCCACCCUGAGACAGAGAGUUCAGCAAAACUUAGCGUUCACACCAACCGCACUGCCUUCAACACCCAGGACCUGCUGGUGUCCUGUCACCUCAAGGGUGGAGGGGGAGGAGGGUGUAACCAGGGGAGGGGAUGAGCAGGGGGGACGAGGCUCCAAAAAUACUUUAGACCCCCCACUGAAGCUCAGGCCUCUGCACCCAAUACUGCACCCAGCCCCAGCCCUACCCCCAGCCCUGCUCUGAGCCCUGUGUUUCACAGCUUCUACCAUUUGUUCCAGAAGGGGGAGCUAGAGGAGCUGUUUGUCUGGAGACAGAUAAACAAACACUAUCAAGAUUUUAGUAAA